AAAUGGAAGCGUCCAGGCAGCUGCUGAUAGAGAACCAAGGACCAGUGUAUAAAUAAAUGGGGGGAGGAAGAGUUAAAGCCCAGCCAGAACAGCUGAGCAGCAGCAGCAGCACAAGAGCUUGCUUGGUGCAAAGGAGGGAAGAAAUAGGAGACCCUCCACUUUCCUAGUAGAGUCUGUUUGGGAUCUACCAAGCACCUUCUUAAUGAAUUUAAAUGCACAAAACACUGAAAGCAUAACCUUCAAUGAAUUGCACCAGAAUCUGUGUGAGGAUCAAUGCAUGAACUGGAGAACUGCAUCUGUCUCUGCACAGCUGUGAUAGCUCCAUCCUGAAGGUUGCUUUCUUAGAUUUGUGUGUGUAUCAACAUGCCUCUCAACAAUGAGCAGAACAGUGACUGUGAUUCUUCAAGGUUCUCUGAAAGCACAGCUUCCUCAUCCAGUGACUCUGAAUACUCCAGGCAAAGUUUCACCAGUGAUUCUUCAAGCAAGCCAAGCUCCCCAGCAUCAACAAGUCCUCCUCAAGUGGUUACAUUUGAUGAAAUGAUGGCAGCAGCUAGAAACUUGUCAAACUUGACUCUGGCUCAUGAAAUUGCUGUAAAUGAGAAUUUCUACAUGGAACGCACAGAGCAUCCUCAGAACAGCUUGCCUGGAAGGGUAAAACAAAUUGUACACCAAGCAUUCUGGGAUCGCUUGGAGGAAGACCUGAAUGAAGAUCCUCCUGAAUAUGAGCAUGCUAUUAAGCUGUUUGAAGAAAUUAAAGAGAUCCUUCUUUCUUUCCUGAAUCCUGGUGCUAACAGAAUGCGAAGUCAAAUCUGUGAAGUCCUGGACACAGACCUUAUAAGGCAGCAGGCUGAACACAAUGCAGUUGACAUCCAGGGCCUUGCAAACUAUGUCAUCAGCACCAUGGGGAAGCUGUGUGCUCCAGUAAGGGAUGAUGAUGUAAACAAAUUAAAAGCUACUGGGGAUAUUGUAGCAUUGUUGAGGCAAAUAUUCCGUGUUCUGGAUCUCAUGACUAUGGAUAUGGUUAAUUUCACUAUUAAGAAUCUUAGACCUCAUCUUCAGCGUAACCUGGUGGAUUACGAAAGAGCAAAAUUCCAAGAUAUACUUGAAGAAACACCAAAUGCCCUGGACCUGACCACAGAAUGGAUAAGGGAGUCUAUUCAGGACGAAUUAUCUUCUGUUUCCUGUGAAAUGUCUUUACCUCCUGGUGCUUAUGGGACCUCUAAACCAAAUCUGAGCCCAACUUUGGUGCUAACAAAUAGCUACUUGAAACUACUGCGGUGGGAUUACCAGACAAAAGCUAUUCCUGAGACGCUGAUGACAGAUGAAGGCCGCCUUCAGGAGCUAUCAGAGAAAUUGUAUCAGUUGAAGAUUAUAGCAUGCAUUUCUCUGAUAACAAGCAACAUGUUGGCUGCAGUUAUUGAAGGCAUUCCUAAUUUUGUUGAAAAACAAAAGAGUAUUGCAUUUGUGCUACUAGAUGGAAUUAACAAGAAGACUUUUAAUUUAAAAGACGCUCUUAAUGCAAUAGGUAUUCAGACCUGCAGUGAAAUAAACAAGUCACUAACUGAGAGAGGGUUUGCACCACUGAAUAAAGAAGUUGAAGCAAAUUUAGUGGGUCAGCUCUGCAAUAUUGUUGAUGAAGACAAUCCUAUCAGUUCCUUAAUUGAUAAACGAAUUCAUUUAUACAUGAAGAGCUUGCUUGCUUCUCCAUGCCUCCAAAAGUCUAUGCCUGCAGUUCCAGGAGGCCUUGCUGUGGUUCAGGCUGAAAUACAGACCAUUGGGACACAGUAUGCCAACAUUGUUAAUCUGAAUAAACAGGUGUAUGGACCAUUCUAUGCAAAUAUUCUUCGGAAACUGCUUUUUGGCAACGCUGAAGUCAACAAAGCAGAACUUGCACCUCCUACUAACUGAAAUAUUUGGGGUCUAUUUUGGUCCUUCCUUUUUCACAGUAUUUAUAUCUUGAUUUGUAUUUGUAUCCUUCCAGACAUGUGUAACUUACCACUGUUAAUGAGAAAGAUAAAUGUGCAUGUCUAAAUGGACUUGACUGUAAAAACUAUAUCCAAAUAGAAGUUCCCCUGGAUUAAAACAAAGUUCCUAAAUGUAAAAAUGUAACUCUAGAUCACAUUGUUAGACCCAACUAGACAGACCCAUUUGUAACUCAGCAGUUCUAUGAAACUCAUUGAUGUCUUGGGUCUGCUCUUGUUGGCACUAACAAUUAGAUUUAUAUCAAACAUUUAUAUUUGAAGAGAUUAAUUUUCUUUAAAAAGAUGGAUGUAACUUUUCUUGCACUAGAUUAAUGUAAUUGUUUUCUCCUACAUAUAUGGAGUAAAUAUUUGCUGAUUAGCCACAAAUGCCUCUUUCAGAUGUUUAAUAUACUUUAGCAACUACACUGCAGUCAAACAAACUUUCUAUAGCUGAGAUUUAAUAUGAAUCAAAAUAUUUGGCCCUUAAUUCAUACUCUUUUCCUAAAGUGGCUUGCUAAUAAAAUUGUGUUAUUAUGCCUUCUGUACUCCUCUUUUGCUUAUGAGUUCGCAACUGAGAUGGACAGUUCGGCAUAGAAGGACAAAUAGUAUUGUUCAAAUUUUCCUAGACACUUUUUGCUUUUCGGAUUCUGCUUUAUCCUCUCUUCUUAAUGAAUAAAUGCCAUGCAAUUCAGAUGUGUUGAGAAUAAACCUGUUGACCCAAAGUACUGACAUAGUUUUUAAAAACCUAAUUCAACAUUCAAGAGAUUUAAACAGAUCCACUGCAACUCAGCCCCUGUUCCUAAAACUAGGUUAAUUGCAUAAUUUGUACUGAAGGCAGAGGAAUAUUUUAAUGUAGCAGACUAUUUGAGAACCUGCAGUAUUAUUCAUAUAUAUGCCAAAAUAUAGCAUCUAUUUAUAUAUUUCAGAUUACUGAAAGCAGAAGGAUUGAAUACAUUGGACAUACAGUCCUUCUUUUUGUACCACAAUGAAUCAUAACUUGAACAAAAAAUUGCUUUUAGGAUGUGUAUGUAUUAAUUCACUGUGAUUCUUUCAAAUAGCAAAUAUUUGAACUCAUUAAGUGUAACAACUUUUGCAGGUACUGUAUAUGAUUCUAAAUAUUCCCUAGUGAUAGUUUAUAUCCUUGUUUUCUGUUAUUAAUAAGAUUAAAUUACAUUGGGAGUACCAUAGAAUGCCCUUGACCCUACAGUGCUCCUGAACCAAAAAAGCUGGGGGGGGGGGAGAGGUACCUGGAUUUAAAAAGCACUGUAAUUUUAUAUGCAACUGAAUUUUUUAAAGAAUAGAUAACUAGAUUAUUUUUAAAAUCUAAAGGAUAUUUUGCAUGUUCAUCCCCAAAUUGAGGCUUAUUUCCAGUUGGAAAGUAAACUCAUCCCCCACCCCCACCCCGUAAAUUCUGGUUUUUCCAUAGGAUUAAUCAAAAGAACAAAAUUCUGUGGGAAAUACAUUUUCAACAGUUGUUUACUUUAUUGAAGCCACAGUUACUAGCACCAGACAACUUUGGUUUUAAAGCAACUCCCUGAAAAAUACACAGCUCUUAAGAUGCCUUUUGAACUUAAUGUUCAUCAUCUGUUCUUGCCUUGUUCUGAAAUAUUUUCAGUCCACUUAAAAAGAAAAAUAAUGUAUUGUCCAGGCUUCUAAAAAAUAAAUUGAUCUGUUUUUAGAAACACUCCAUUGUGAAGAGCUAUCACAGUGCAAUAUGCAUGCUAAAAGAAUCAUGCUUGAAAGUGGGCUGGGAGAAGCAGUUUCCUGAAUGGGGAGGAUUGUGCUGCAGGUAGAAAGGAAGGUGCUGGCUCAGGUAGAAGAACCUCCCAUGCAUGGAAAUUCACUCACAGAAGGUGCUUCUGUAAAGAUCAAUCAGGAUCAUGCUUCCAGUCCACACAAUGUGUAGUUCUGCUUCCAUAGUUUAUAGACCCAUAAGAAUUUGAGUACAUAGAUGAGUUGUAUCAAGAAGCAAAUACUGUCCCAAAUUAAAAUAAGGGAACUCUUUAUUAUUUUCUUUUAUUUAAAAGAAAAUGAAUGAAUUGACUAAUAUAUUUUGGACCUUGAUGCUGUAAACAUCCGUGAGAAACCUAAUUGUAAUUAUUUUAUGGUGGGGUUGUGCAUGUAUGUAUUGCUUUGGUUGUUGUUCUUAAAACACACUCUACGUACGCAGGGAGAUCAAGUGCAGCAGAAAUAUCUCCACAAGUUUCUUAUUUACCUGAGAAACUCUGGGAUAGAUUGAAACUUAGGAAAAGUUAACUAUUUAAAGAGUUCUAGUCCAAGAACCUUACAGUUUUUGUGACCAUGCUGGCAAAGGAAUUCUGGGAGUUUUGGUCCCAAGAAGUGACUUCACUGAGCUUUGGUUGGAUUCAAGCUAACUUGUAGAUGAGGCUCACUGAUUUCAUUGGGACCAGGUUAAUUGGAAUUUAAGUCCUAAGGAUUUCAAUGAGGAUGAAUUGCAAACAAGUUAGUCUGGAUUCAACAGUAUGUUGUGGAAAAUGCUCAUGUAGAGGAUUAAGAAGAAGCAAUAUUUGGUUUGUGAUUUUAUAUAUGGACUUGAAAAGGGCAUUUUAUAUAGCAUGAUUGUGUCCAUUCAGCAAUCUUUAAAUGUUUCUUAAUGUUCAUAGCCUUUUCAAUGUUCAGAUUAAUGAUAUUGAAUUAAUUUGUUCCUCUUGCAUGUUGUUUAUCCAAAUAUGUUUAGCUUCAUUCCCGCCCCAACCCUACCAGGGCUCAAUGAAAACAAGAUAUUGUUAUGUAACUGGCUUGUUUUUGUGUUAAUAUUUGUAUCAAUUAAAUUGUGUUUCAAUUUUAAAA